AUGUAAAUACUGCAUAUGUUGCACGAUUUCUUGACCUGUUACACCUGAGUCAGUGAAUGUGUUUGACCACAAGAUGGCAGCAGCUUUCAAAAUGUGUGUUAAGAUGUUAAGAAAAACGUGCAUGCUUGGAGACGAAUCUUUCAACCACAACUGAUUUAAACUUUUUAUAAUUUUCUUUUAGUUUAAACUUCUUUAAUUGACACAAUGCUUUGUUGUGAUUUCCAUUUUGGAUGACAUCUCUAACAUUGGGGAAGUCGUGGCCUAAUGGUUAGAGAGUUUUACUCCUAACCCUAAGGUUGUGGGUUUGAGUCUCGGGCCGGCAAUACCACGAAUACCAUGGGUCACCAUACUUAGCUGUAUGUCACGUCACGUCAAAAGAGGGUGAUGUGGCAGAGCUUUACUCCUUCAGUUUGUUCCAACUCUCUCCCCUCCUUCAUCCAUGAAGGGUUAGGGUUAGGGCUCCUUUAAACAUGGUUUAAACAAACCAUCAUAAAAAGUUGAAACUUUUAACGCCAUCACCAUUAACACCAUCAUGUUUCUAGUUAGAGCUUACGGCCACCACAACCUGAGUGCUGAUGGACAACAUAAGGUCAUAGCAGCUAUGAUGGUUCUAUCUUAAUAAACCAGUAUAUACUGUAAAAUCUAUAUACGGAUGUGUAUGAAGAGAAGAGCAUGCAUUAUAAAAUAGAUUAUUCGUUUAUAAAUGAUCAUAGAUACUCAACAAAAUGAUAUUUAAAAAACAUGGAAUAUCUAGCUCUACACUAUUUUUGUCUUAUAAACAGCCACCUGUCUGGACUCUAGACCUUUCUCAGACUGUUGUGUCAAAGGGCAUUGAAUACAACUGCAUAACUUCCCAUAACUUCACAUCCUUCCUUGAUCGUUUGUGGAGACUACUAUUGCUAUUUAUAGCUGAACUCCGGUCACCCCCCCAACAAUGUGGGGGUCAGGUGCCUGUUGCCCUCAUCCUGCUGUCCAGACACACAUACCGACCCUCAGGCAUCCCCACCCUGCCGCACCCCAGCUUAAAUAACUUUCUCCUGCCGCCUAUGUAUCUUCAGUUUCGGUACUGCCCAGCACAUGGCCACUCGGGUAUGGCGUUAUGUAGCUUAGGAUGAGUCGUCUAGUAACUUUUGUACCGUUGUUGAACAAAGACACAUUUCCAGAUUUGUGAAGAACCUUAAAGAUUGUUCUUAUCCUUAUGCUGAUUGACUGGAGAUUUUAAAAAUCACUGAACCACAUGGACUAUAGGAACCGGCUCCCUGCAAACCUUGGACCCACCGAACGAAUCCAUGUGGUAAAUAUUCCAUAUGUUUCCGCAUGGUUUAAACUGAAAGAGUCGAUGUUGUGGAUUGCGAUGUAGUGAACUUUUCCAGAUUGAAUCAGCUCCGAUUAGAAGCACAGCACUUAGACAUUUUGAAGGGUUUUGUUUGUGACAGUUUGUGAGUCACGUACUCCAAAAUAGAGACAGAAAUAUUUUACAUGCCCAUGAGGAACAGCUAGCACUCCAAGCAUCUGGAGGGUGCAAGUUUUACAAAAACACCCACUGACAGCAACAGACAACAGGAAGCCAGAGGUCACCAUCACUGGAAGUGCCCACUAUCACCUGGACAACCUGAUGUACUGUAACUUGUAUAUAGUGGUGUAAAAUAAUCAAAAUCACUAUUGAGUUUGAAAUCUACAGAAUCUGGGUGGCAGCUGACGAAAAAAAAAAACUCCAGUAUGAACCCCCAGGGUGGCCAUUAUUUAAACAAGACAGCUGUGCUAUCCCCUUUGGGUGCUGUCCGUUUGACUGAACUUGCUCUCGGCUGUACCGUGAUCUCUCUAGUGGUUCACGGUGCAGGAUACAGUGCUGUCUAUGGGAUCUUCUGCAUGGCAGCAUGGAGUGCUUGCUUUGCCCUCUCGGCAGCCAUCUUCGCUCUGGACGUGACGCGUCUUCACUCAUGUCUUCCUGUGUCCUGGGAGAACCUGACUGUGACCCUAGCAGCACUGUCUGCUCUGCUCUAUUUCACAGCUUCCAUUGUGUAUCCAGUUUACUUUGUGCGCAAUGAGUGCCCAUAUAAUGACUGUGAGGUUAGAAAUUUCCGGAUAGCUGUCACCGUCUGUUCCUGGGCAGCGUUUGUCGCAUAUAUCACUGAAGUUUCCCUGUCCCGGGCCAAACCAACUCGAUCGGUCAGCUACAUGUCCACGCCAUCUGGCCUCCUGAAGGUGCUGCAGGCUUACGUCGGCUGCGCCAUUUUCAUAACUCUUGCUAAUGGGAGUGAGUUUUGGCGUCACCCGGCGACUGUCUACUGCGUGGCAGUGUUUGUGUUGUGUUUUGCUGUGACCGUGCUGGUGGUAGCACUGAGUGUGCUCGGACGCACAACCUUCCUGAGUCUGCCUCUUGACCGUUUUGUAGUGCUCUACACCUUUGCAGCAGUGCUGCUGUAUGUGAGUGCUGCUGUGACCUGGCCCGUGUUCUGUUUCGACAGGAAGUACGGCACACCGCUCAGACCUCAGGGAUGUCCUGGGGGGAAGUGUGCAUGGGACAGCCAGCUUGUUGUGACCGUGUUCUGCUUUCUCAACCUGGCGUUUUAUAUCACAGAUCUCUGCUGUUCCCAGAGAGCACGGUUUGUGACACGGCAGCCACGUGUGUAACCACUACACUGUACUUAUAUAUUUCUGGAUUCGAGACUGGACCUCAUAUCAAAUACUUUAUACUCUUAGCUUUCUCCUGUUCACACAGCAGUAUGAGCAAACAUACAGUCAAAGGACCAUACUUUUGCAGUGGUCACUUUUUGUGCAACUCUAGGAUAGCAAACACUUAGGUGAAAAUAUAUUGUUUAAUGGAGCUCCAUAUUUAAGCUA